CAACAAACCCUAGGCUCGCUGAUGAAGGUGUGAUUGGUGUAUUAUCCUGUCCCGGCAAACAUUCAGUUAGCUUCCAUGUCUCCUUGAGCCGUCUAAUCUGGGUCGAGCCAGGUGCAGAGCAAUCCGUCCCUUAAAGUCCAGCGGUGUCUUAUAGAUUUACUGCUUGGCACAACUUGAAGGGAGCCAGCUGGAUUUGAGAUGUCAAGAAAGCAUUCUGGUGUUUCGCAUUUGACUCGCAGGGCCUUCUGUAAUGCCGCUGUAGACCACUGCACCGCUUCAAGUUGGGGUGGACGGCCCGAUGUUAAGCAAGCUCGAGGCCUGAAUCUAGGUAGGGAACGAUUCUAUGACAACAUAAGGAUGCUAACCGCCUUCCUCAGCCAUAUGCCAGGUCAAAUCUAUAGUAAUGCCACUCAAAAUUCUCGCCGACAACCGACAUGGAUGAAAGCAGCUGCUUCUUGGCGAGAAAGAAAGACGGAACGAAGCAGAGGUGCACGGGACGAUGAAGGAUGGAGUCUUUGGAGGACAUGUGCAAAUGCGCCACCGGCGGGUUAUCCGUUUGGAGGUAAGGUACCAUUUGCCCUAAGCGAUAAGUAUCGUGUUAUGUUAUGUCAUGUUGAAGGUGCAGGAGUCGUUGGGCUUGACACAGUCACCCAAUAUCCAGGUUGAUGAGCUGAUAAUAAAGAGCAUUUCGAGUUGGGAUUUGGGCCGCAAGAAAACCCCGCAUCGGGCACAUCUCCAAUGUUUUCCCGCAGUCACUCAGUUUAUUCGUGCAGACCAAAUGAAGAGAUUCACAUUUUCCACUUCUUUUCCUAUAUCCAGACGACGUCAGAUCUAGGCUCUUCCGAGCGGUCAUUUCUCCUAAUGCUCGCACUUCCCGAGCCGGGUUUGUGCUUGCCACUGGAGUGAGAGUGCGG